AAAAUAUCUGGGUCACAAAACUGAACCCCUUUUCCCACUCGCAUUUGCCCUUCAGUUUGUCACAUAUGAGGUCAUAAAUUGAUGCCCUUAUCCUACAGCUUCUGCGCACAAAAAGUUAGAUGCUCUCUCAAUGACAGCCAUGUCCUCCUCCACUUCUUCUUCUUCGUUUGCCAUCUCUGGUACAAAUGUUUUUGAGAUGGGAAAAUUCAAAGUUGUCCUCCAGAGAGUUGAAGCAGCAGAGAGGAGUGGAUGCAGCAGCAAAACCAAGUCGUCGUCGUCAACUUCUCCUCCUACUAACCCACCGCCUCCAAAACCACUAUUGAUUGGCAUGCCUUGUGAAGCUGCUGGAGAGUUCCCAGUGUUGCUGCUCCUCCAUGGUUAUCUUCUCUCCAACUCUUUCUACUCUCAGCUUAUCAACCACAUCGCUUCUCAUGGCUUCAUUGUCAUUGCCCCUCAGUUAUAUACCAUAGCUGGACCAAACACAACUGAUGAGAUCAAGUCCACAGCUGCAAUAACAAACUGGUUAUCUAAUGGACUUCAACCCUUGCUUCCACGCAAUGUUCAUGCAAAUUUAAGCAAGCUAGCACUUGCCGGCCAUAGCCGUGGAGGCAAGGUUUCAUUUGCACUAGCUUUAGGGAAAGAAGAAACUGGCACCAGCUUAAAGUUUUCAGCCUUGAUAGGCAUUGACCCAGUUGACGGAAUGGACAAGGGGAAACAAACUCCUCCGCCAGUGCUAACCUAUGUUCCUCAUUCAUUUGAUCUUGACAUGGCAGUGAUGGUGAUUGGUUCGGGUUUGGGUGAAGUGAAAAAGAACCCUCUAUUCCCUCCUUGUGCUCCAAAGGGUGUUAACCAUGAGGACUUCUUCAACGAAUGCCGGAAAUCGGCAUGUUAUUUUGUGGCAAAGGAUUAUGGCCAUCUUGACAUGCUAGAUGAUGAGACCAAAGGGAUUAGAGGGAAAGCAACGUAUUGUUUGUGCAAAAAUGGGAAGUCUAGGGAGCCCAUGAGGAGGUUUGUUGGAGGGGUUGUGGUUGCUUUCAUAAAAGCUCAUUUAGAAGGUGAUAGUAGCCACCUAUUGGCUAUAAGAGAAGGGGUUGAGACUUUGCCAAUAGAGCUUCAAAGUGUUGAAUUUCUUUUGUGAAUUUUAGAUGCAUUGUAGAUAUGUUGCUUCACUACAAAUGUGAGAAGGAUGCUUCAAUUAAUUGCAUUUAGCUUUUUGAGUUUCAA